AUGAAGGAAGCUAUCAUAUCCAAGGGUCCGCUGGUCCACAUUGUUGACAGCCCUAUUCCCACACUACAGCCCGAUCAAGUGCUAAUCAAAGUGGUGGUGAGCGGGACAAAUCCCAAGGAUUGGAAACUCCCUGAAUGGACUGGCAAAAGUGGCAAUCAGGGCGAUGAUAUUGCAGGCACAGUGGCCGCCGUCGGGGAGAAUGUCACCGAGUUCAAGCCAGGAGACCGCGUUGCUGCUUUCCAUCAAACGAAUCAGCCUGGUGCAGCGUACGCGGAAUACGCAGUGAGCUGGCAGCAUACUACAUUCCACAUCCCCAAAUCGACCACCUUUGAAGAGGCUGCGACCAUCCCUCUCACGGCGAUGACAUCUGUAGUCGCUCUUUACCACCACCUGGGUCUCCCACACACCUGGGAACCCGCUACAUCCAGGAUUCCACUAAUUAUUUACGGGGGUGCAACAGCUAUCGGCUCGUUCGCUAUCAAGCUCGCCCGGAAAAGUAAUAUACAUCCCAUUAUCACCGUCGCCGGCCGCGGCAUUGCCUAUGUCGAGAACCUACUCGACUCAUCAAAGGGUGAUGCGGUCAUCGACUACCGCCAGGGCGAUGAAGCUGUCGUGUCAGGAAUACACAAUGCACUGAAACUGUCUGGAAAUGGCGAUGCCACCGUCCUUCAUGCAUACGAUGCCGUGAGUGAUGGGAGUAGCUUUUUGAAUUUGGGAAAGGUGGUCUCCCCGGGUGGGAAAAUUGUUCUCGUUCUCCCAGGAAGAGACUUGAGUUCCCUUCCAGACAGUAUCGAAACAGUGAGGAGCUCUGUCGGUAUUGUACAUGGUGACCACCAGGAUCUAGGGUAUAUCUAUUACCGCUUGUUGAGCAGGGGAUUGCUCGAGGGGUGGUUCACGCCUCACCCGCACGAGGUGGUUCCUGGUGGUUUAGAUGGGCUGCAAACUGCAUUGACAAACCUCAAGGAGGGCAAAGCUAGUGCCUUGAAAUAUGUAGUUCGCAUCGGGGAAACUGAGGGAGUGGAGGACUGUUAAACGAGCAGUCAAAU